AUGGCAAGCAGCCAUAAGUUGAUGCGUAUUAUGGGCGGCAGCGAUGUUCUUCCAGGGACCUGGCCCUGGAUGGUCAGCAUCCAGACAAAAUCACCCUCCCUUUGGAAUGUCACCCGGGGCGUCCCGCCCCCCCCCAAACCUCAGAACGCCCCUAUAGCCUCCCACAAGCCAUAUAUCCCUGUUCUUGGUCCCACCUGCAGAGACCAGUACAAGCUUGUCCUUGGCUCCAACCGGAUCAAGAAGCUGGGCCCUGAGACUGAGCAGCGCUUCAUUAAGAGGCUGGUGAAACAUGAGAAGUACGACAACCAGCUGAAUCAAGGAGAGGUGGUGUUCGCAGACAUUGCCUUGCUGGAGAUGGACGAGCCCGUCAACUGCAGCGACUACAUCCAGCCAGCCUGCCUGCCUGACGAAAGAAUGGAGGUAUUGACGCUCGGCCAUUGCUACGUCAGCGGCUGGGGCGGCCUGCUGCCAAAAGAUUCCACCCCUCCUGACAUCAUGCAAGAAGGGGCGACGACUAUCUACACUAGAAUCCAAUGUGGGAUGCGGUGGGGCAGGAGGAUUCCUACACAGAACGUCUGUGCCGGACACGAAGAAGGAACCAUUUCAAUCUGCAGGGGUGACAGCGGAGGCCCCCUGAUGUGCAGGGAAGAGAGGUCUGAGCGCUACUGGGUGAUUGGAGUCGCCAGUUUCGGACCCGUGUACUGCGGCACAGCGAAGGUGCCAAGCGUCUUCAUUUCCACGCAGUACUAUCUGGACUGGAUCCAAAGGACCUCUAAGCUGCAGCUCUCAGUUCCCACAUACACCCCGCUGCUGGCGCAGACCCAGGCAACAACAACGCGCAAACCCAGGACUUUACCUACAGCGGCCAGGCCAAGACCCCACAGGCCUCCCUGGAUGAGGCCCCCACAGUGGGGUGUGAGGCCUCCUCCCCAGGUGCAGACCACAAGGUCCUCCUUCCCUCCCUGGAUGAGGGAGAACUAUUUUUGGGGUAACCGGAGGCCUGGCCGCAGGACUAGGUACAGACCGCAGCAGUCCGGGCCCCGGAUGGCACCUCGAAGUCAGUUCGCAGAUCCACCAGGGUACUACCCUGGCUCCGAAGACUACUACGAUCUGCUUGUGCCCUCAGGAGAGCAGGAUUGAGAGGGGCAGCUGGGGCAGGGGGCAGGCAUUAUGAAGCAGAGGGGCCAGGCUAGAGCCCACCAUGAUAAGUAUCGGAUAUUCUAUAGAAUAAUAAAAUGAAGAUGGUUUGAGCAAGCUGCUUGGGAUUUGGCAAUGGGUCUUUGUGUCUUUCACACCAUCAUCUCACCAAAUCUCAGAGAGAUGUGUUGGGAAAUGGCCAAAUCCAGAGCCAUAUUCUCCUACUUAUGUUCAUAAUUCCUCCAGAUCUUUCUUUCCAUUAAAUGGAAGUGGUAGAAAAGGAAAAAGAAAACAAGAAAGAAGGGAAAGGAAGGAUGAAGGAUAUUCCACGUUUAAGAAUUCCACAAUGUAUUUUACAACAAAUUAGAAACACUUUAUAUUUCACAUUUUACAGUUUAUACUCCAAAACUAUUGCAGUUAAUUUAUUACCCCAAAAGAGUUUGCAAUGUGGGAUGCUCACCCAAAGGAAACAUAGCUCAGCAAAUGACCUGCUAUAAAACCAUUAAGACACUUUCCAGUCUCCCAGGCCUAAUCAAUCACCUACUCCUUUAAGAUAGGACUACAGCUUAUUUUACCACUGUUAGUAGGCAAAUAUAAACGUCCCCUGCAUACCAGUAAAACCGCUGCCAGCUCCCAGCCCCUCUAGGUUCUCCAUACUUCCCAAUGCUGCAUCUGCACCAACCACUGACAGCCAUCUCCAGAAUCAAGCCUCUUCCGGCUUCUUGGCACUGCAAGGCUGUUCCACAAUAGCUACCCAGCUCAUAAAUCACCACGGCCGGCAUCCACUCCAGCUGCUUCACCACUGCUGCCCAGGCACAGAGACUCUCCAGGUCCUCCUCACCCUCCAGCAUUUUGGUGCAGCUACUGCUUUGCUCAUUCACAGCAAACACUUUGGCACUGCGCAACCAGAUCUCCUCAGCACUCUGCUCAGCCUCAGGAACUCAUCGGCACAUCAAAAGAACUUUCUGGGCCCAUAACCUGUCAAUAAAUUCU